UCCUCAUGAGCAGACUCUUGCGCUCAGGCUCGGCGUUAUUUUAUUACUUUAUGCUUAACUAUAUUCUUGUGUGUUGACGUUAAAAUUACCAAGCAACUUGCUCUACCGUGUAUAUUAUCUAUUAUUUUUGAGUGAAAAAUCUACUCCAGAUGACUGGAUUUUAAAACAGAUUGUGAAAAUAUAAGAACGUGGAUUAUUUUAAAGGAAAAUUUUAAACGCGGUUUCGUAGUAAAUGAUACGGAUCGUUGCGUCUUUAUCCCACUACUACCAGAGGCAUAUACGGGUUGCGUGAAAACCCGAGUCUGGAAACGAGUUGAGAGCAAGCACGUUGGAGAACUUGGUGUCGUUUGCCUCGGCUAAAUGUCAAGCGGAUUGAAGAAGGUGAAGUGAGGUGGACAGUGAAUUCAGCUGUUUAGUCUCAUGUUUACAGUGAUACGGACACAGUGAAGUAGAAGUAGUACCAGUACCAAUACCGGUACCAGUUGUUACAGUUUAUUUUUUAUAGUAAAUUAUAAAAUUAUGAUUAAUUGAUAGCUUUUUAAAAUAAUUUACUGUGCAGAAAAUAUUGUGAGCUGAGUCGCUGAACUGUUUAACAGCACAAGUCAGCAGUUAACUUGAUAUUUGACACAUGAGAGUCAGCGGUGGACACUCGCGAGUGUCUCGAUCGCGUCAACAUCUGGUAGCGAUCGAGCGCGUGUGCGCAUUCUUGGUACCGAGUACGUGGCGCCUCGAUUUCUUCCUGGAGUACACGAAGAUCAUGUGUCUGCUUUAGAGUUCGUUGUAUCCCUUACGUUUUUUUUUCUGCAUUUUUUUCGUAUCCUCAUUCUUAUUUUUCUCCGUCAUCUUUAUUCUUGUUCUUAUUCUCAUUCCUCAGUCUCUUAUUCAUUUUAAAUUUACCUUUUUAGUAACUCGCUCGUCUUUCUUUUGGUUCCGCGUCGUGCUUUCCGGGUUCAACGGUGUGCAUCCUACUGGACAAGUCUGUAUACAGAUGUGACGACGAUUAUCAAGAAGAAACGGCACCGAAACCAAAACUUAAACUUAAACUUUUUAAUCAGGAACAAGGAGAGACGAGGAUGACAAUCAUAAGGAUAAUAAUGAUACUGAUUGUGUUUCUACUGGAUGACAACUGUUAUGGUGGCGAUAGUGAUGAUCAGUGUCGACGCGAAAACCCAUCGAUAAACCUUUGAUAUUUAGUAAAUAUAAUAUAUAUCUAUAUAUAUAUACUUAUUCCCAUACUUAUUAUACAAGUGCGUGUAUUACCACUUUCCCUUCGAUGAUUUUACUUGUUUACUCGUUAACUACCAUUUUUACUUUUUACAACAACUUGUAACGCGAGUUAGUUUUUUUUUUUAUUAAUUAAUCAUCAAUUAAACUAAUGCAUUUGUGAUUACUCAAGUGAUUAUUUAUGAAACGAUCAAAUAAAUUUAAACAAUUGUGGACACUAGUGACCUGGGCUUAAGAACUCAUCUCCAUCCGUACAAACACAGAUAAAGUAAUAACAACGCUGGCGAUUCAAGGAUGCCGUGGGCGAUCGGCCGCGAAGAUUCCCGACACGGUUGAGGGCCCAGGACCUGCGAUCACUGGACUAGUACAAGGAAGCAAACACCAGUCCGAUAACAAUAACAGUAACGGUUAUAAAAAAAAUAAUAAUCAUAAUAAUAAGAGUAAAAAUAAGAAAGAAGAGAGGUGACGUUACGCCAGGUGCGACCAUCGACAAAGGCAAGGCCGGUCCCAAGGAUAUGGACCUUACGGAGGCGUUUCCAGGCGGAAGCGACACCGCCGAUGAACUCGGUAAGACCGACUUCUUCGACUUUGUCGUUUCGCCACUCUCGGCAGCUCCUUCCCACUGCAGUUCGGCUACCAUCGAUGACGACACUGUCAAUUAUCUCCAGCAACAUCGUACGACACGUCGCGGUUUAUAUCUUCAAGAUACGAGACGUGACGAUCACGAUGGACGGGAAAUCCAUACAACCUCAACUUCCUUCAUAAAACAAGAAACAAAUAAUAAUACUCUCACUGCCCUACCUCCAGUAUCAACGAUAACUGGCUCACUAAAUCAUCAUGUACGCAAUCACUGCAUCCAGAGUAACGAUCAGAUCCCCAUGGAGGCUGAUUGUGAUUACUGGGGCACUACCGAUGACGGCAAAGAUGGACAACAAACGUGUAAUAUUUUACUAGAAGAUCUUAAUAAAUAUUGCUGGUCUACGCAUUCAAAUCCUCAGUGUCGUGAUGAUGUUACGGACAAUGAUCCUCAUCACCACAAUCCACAUCAUCGGGUCAGUGGAGGCAAUGAUCGGCAUCAGAAUACGGACGGCGCCAUUUACACGCUCACCGUACUAAAUAAUGAAACAAAUUCAAUGGAUGGUUUAGAUUGUUGCAAAAGUCCUGUCGCACAAACAAAUGAUUCUUGGACAUUACGACCAAAUUUAGAUUUAGACGCGAUAUUAAAUCUUGAAUCAAGUCAUAACGAUGCUGAUUCAGUACACGAUGUACAAAAUUCUGCUGAAAUUGCGAGAAAUAAUGAUAGGUAUCAUAUUAUAUCGACUACGCCAUCAUCACAGUACGCUACUGAUGACAGUGGUUUUGUUGAGAGCAAAGAAUUAUGUCGACAAAAUAAUAAUAAUAAUAAUAAUAAUAACAAUAAUAAUAAUAAUAACAAUAACAAUAAUAAUAACAAUAAUAAUAAUAACAAUAAUAAUAACAACAACAACAAUGCGGGAGAUAAUAACAACGAUUGGAAAUUAUCGGAUCAAAAUCAUUUGCAAGAAGUGAGCGGUGAUUCAGCAGAGAGUCUAUUGAGAAAUGCGCUACAGGGUAAAUUGUACACAGGACCGACACAAAUAACACUGCCAUCAUCGACCAAGUCUACUGGUAUAUCAGUAUCCCUAUCAACAGCCGGUUGUACAGCAACUGGGGCAGUUGCUCAAAUAAAACAAGAGCCGCAAGAUGAGUCGAUGCACGGGUGUACCGAGGAAGAUUUAUUGCUAUCACAAUUGGACACCACGACAUAUCGUCCUGGUGAUUAUGAAAAACUUAAAAGUAUUGCCAAUGAAGUUGUUGAGUCUUACUGUAAUUUAGAACCCGUUUGUAAUGUGUCGGGUACUACAACGCUCAUGUACACAUUGGAUCCAACAAGCGGUAGUCUUGGUACAAUAACAUUACCCGCAGAACUUGGUCAAGUGGGAACAGUUACUGUCGUGACAGCAGCUCCCCAGGAUUUAAUUGACCAGACUUCUGUCAGACAAGAAGAUUCUGGCAACCAAAUCCAAGUUGUUACUGCCAGGGCUAUUGUUAGUAACAACACCGGGACUCCAGGUACGACGACGACGGCAGCCAAGCCGGCGAAAAAAUAUUCGAGGAAAAAUAACCGGAACAACACGAGCAAUGCGAAUGGUGGGAGUGCGGGUGCUGCUAAUGGUAAUGCCGAUGGUGGAAAUCAAAAUGCGUCUGGUAGUUCACCUAGUGCCACGGUACAGCGUAAGGAACGUUCUCUUCACUACUGCAACAUUUGCCAUAAAGGUUUCAAAGACAAAUACAGCGUCAAUGUCCACAUCAGAACUCACACUGGAGAGAAACCGUUUGCUUGCUCACUCUGCGGCAAAAGCUUCAGACAAAAAGCUCACUUGGCAAAACAUUACCAGACACAUGUAACACAGAAGCCGAAUGUUGGUAAUGGAAGUUGCAGCUCUUCAGCUUCUACAUCUAAUUCUUCAAAUUCAACGAGAGGAAGUCAUGCUACAGAUACUGCAGUAUGCAGCCCCUCUAGCUAGUUGUCUUUUUUAAAAUAAUUAAUAAAAUCAAUUAUAUUUGCGACUUAAUAGACGAAUUUUGUUGUUAAGAAUUUAAAAAAAAAUUUUUACUUUUAAAUAAACUGUCAUGACUCAGUGUCAAUGCUCUCUAUUUUGUGAUGAUUGAGAUUUAUUUUUAUCAUUUUUCUCUCUCAAUUGUAUAAAACGCACACGUU